AUGAUGCACGUGAUGGUUCAUUUCCCAGAAAAGGCAUUGCUUGUUGGUCCUGUCAACUAUCGCUGGAUGUAUCCAAUAGAAAGACUUCUCGGACAUCUGAAAAAAAGUGUACACAACAGGGCGAAGCCCGAAGGAUCAAUUAUAGAGGCUUGGGUUCAAUAUGAGUCGCUUACUUUCUGUGGAAUGUAUUUAAAAGAUGUGGAGACGGCUUUCACUCGUCCUCAGCGCAAUAAUGACGGAGGUAUGAGAAAUGAAAAACUUUCUGUUUUUGCCCAAAGCACACGUCCCUUUGGAGAUCCAGGACGAGGAGAGUCGUUUUUUAGAAAUGACAUGGAGGUAGCGCAUUGGUUCGUACUGAACAAUUGUGAUGAGAUCAUGGCAUACUUAGAUGAGCAUGAAGAGAUAAUGAAGCGAGAACAUCCAUCACAUUUGGUUGCCCAGAAACACCGUGAAUUGUUUCCACAAUGGUUUUUGGAUUCUGUGAAUAAGUUGAAAUCAUCGAAUUCCCCCACUUACAGUGAUGAGUUAUAUAACUUGGCGUUCUGCCCGAUUCGCGCUGAAUUGUUCUCGGGUUGUAAUGUUAAUGGCGUCAAAUUUUUGGGGGUUGCACGAGAUGACAAGUUGUGUACGCAAAACAGCGGUGUCCAUGUCCUAGGUGGAGGCGAAAGUAUGGACAUUGAUUUCUAUGGCAAACUCACAACUGUCGUGCAAUUGCUUUACAAAUGUCGACGGUUUGACACUAACCCAAAUAGGCCGGGAAGUGUAAAAAUCGAUCAUGGCUUACUAUCUAUGAACAUUAACAGAACUUGGUAUGAUGACGACCGUUACAUUUUGGCAAACAUGGCAACACAAAUUGUGUAUCUAGAUGACCCUAAAGCCGGGAGCAGUUGGAAAGUUGUUCAAAAGAUGGAUCAUAGGAACAUGUAUGCUAUACCAGAACUAGACCCAAUUGACAAUGACGUCGACAAUGUGGCUGACCAACUGUGCCCGACCGACGACGAUGAUGUAGUCAUAGAGGAAGAGGAGGAGGAUUGGGAGACCGAAAGUGAUGAUAGCGACGAUAACGAAAGUUAUUAUAGUUCAGAUGAUGAAUAA